CUGUCUGUCCGCUGUGUGUGGAUGAGCAGCACUCUCCAGCAGCUCCUCCAGGAUGGGGGAAAACGACGACAGCGACAUCAUAGAGCAUCACGUCGAGGAGGAGAUGGAGAAGAAAGGUGCGAGGAGCUACGCAGCUUCCUCCUCCUUCCUGGAGAGCGUCAGUCCGUCCGAGAGAGAGGGCCACAGCAGCACCCAGUCCUCCCACAGACUGCUGGCCUACAGCGAUGCUCUCAUCUCCAUUAUCGCCACUGUCAUGAUUUUACCUGUUGCUCACACCAAAGUGGAAAAUAAUGAGGAAUUGAGGGAGAGUCUCCAGGGUCUACUCUCCACAAAGAUCGGCGUUUACUUGAUGACAUUCCUCAUUGUGACUGUUGCCUGGGCUGCUCAUAUCAGGUUGUUUCAAGUUGUUGUUCGUAUCGAUGACUGUCUCGCACUUCUGAACCUU